GAAACCAGGAUGGGACUUAGAGACAGAAGGACGAGAGUUAACGUGGAGUCCUCACUUCCUGUUUCCAUUCAAAUAUCACCAUAUGUAGGUCAGGAACUCAGGGGCAUCGUGUUGCCUCUUGUUCCCCGCAUGUUCUAGAGGGAACCGGAAGUGGGGAAAUACUAGACCACAGGGACUAUGUCUGUUUUCUGCAAGAUCAAACUGAGACCGGAGGUUGAAGAAUAUCUGCAGGCCACAUUUAAAAAUGAUAAGCUCAUAUCUGCUGUGGGUCCCCUGGAAGUUGAGAGGAAAUAUGAACAUCUAUUAAAUAAUUUGUCUCACCCACCAGCUUUCACAACUGUUCGAGUGAACACUCACUUGGCAUCUGUGGAACACAUAAGAAGUCUACUGUCUGAAGAGAUCCGCAAGCAAUAUAAAGGUUUCAGCGUUCCGUUUCUUCAGCAUCCAAAACUUCCUGACAUUUUACUUAUUCCUAUUAUUGGACCCAGAAAGGAUCUUCAAGAAUUGACAAACCAGGUAAUUGUUGGUGCCCAGUGUGGAAAUGCAGUGCUUCGAGGAGCCCAUGUGUAUGCCCCUGGAAUUAUAUCCACUUCAAAGUUUAUGAAAGCUGGUGAUGUGGUUUCUGUAUACUCUGAUAUUGAAGGGAAAUGUAAAAGAGGAGCCAAAGAAUUUCUGGGAACCAAAGUUUUCCUUGGAAAUGGGAUUUCUGAAGUGGGACGCAAUGACAUUUUUAAUUCUAAUGCCCCACUGAAAGGGUUGGGGGUAAAAAUGAUAGAGCCAAUCUACCUUAGUCCUUCGUUUGACAAUGUGCUAUCCAGUUACAUAUUUUUGCAGAAUUUGCCCUCUUCAGUUGUGAGCUAUGUUUUAAAUCCUCAGCCAGGCGAGAGAAUUUUGGAUAUGUGUGCAGCUCCUGGGGGGAAAACAACCCAUCUUGCAACACUAAUGCAUGAUGAGGAGCCCCAUGUUGGAGGAGAAGGCAUGAUGGGAGCUGGGUUGUCACCUGAGCAGCUGAAACAGCUGCAGAGGUUUGAUCCGUCUGAUGCAAUUCUGCAGGGAAUGGAUUUUAAUUCAUUGGAAGGUUUCAGAUACGAAGAUAUGAUCAAAUUGGCAAAUAAAGAUUGCAUAGGAUUUUUUAUUGCUAAAUUUAUAAAAGUGCAGUGAAAGCAUUACAGCUCAAUAUAAAAAGGCUCUCCUGUUUAUAUUGGGAACUUUCUGAACAGCAUCUUGUACUGCUGCAAUGUUGCCAAGCCAACGGACUGACGACACGGUUGCUAUGGCAGCAGUAAAAUCUGCCAGCUGUUUCCCCUGGGAGAGAUCCACAGGUUGGAGAAACAAGUCUGAGGAAAGGGACAGUUUCAGUCUGGAGGUCUCUGCUUGGUUUUGCAUUAGCAGAAGGUCACUGAUUCUAGAAACCUGGUUGUUUUGCUCUUUGUCCUGAUGAUUUAGUGUCUAAACUCUUAACAACCUUGUACAGUACAAAGUGUAUUAUCUAUUGCACACAGUGUAUUAUAUUCAAAGUGUAUUUAUAUGUUGCACAAAAUCAGUAAUGAAAAUAUC